AUGGAUACACCAUUGUUCAAUCCUGAUAUCGACUUUCAAGCAUCAUUUCAUACUAUGGCAACGGCUCCUCGCUCGUUUCCUAGGAAAGAGCUUCUCGACUUGCAGGGACGACCCGUUAACGUGGAGCAAUUGGCGUCCGAUUACAGCUUGAUACUCAUUACACUGAAACGGGCUGAUUGUCCUGCUUGCCAACAGCUACUUCACUAUCUCAACUUGUAUGGACUCGACCCAGAUAUGACCGAAUACUAUGAUCCUUUCUUAAACGAGACACUAAGCAUUGACCCGGAACAGAAGAAGUUUUGCGAGUUAUUGUUGAAGCGCGAUGCCUAUUUCAUUAUCGUAUGUCCAGGAUCUACCGAGCAAGUGGCGGAAGUUCAGCAAAACACACAUUUCAUGCAAUAUCCAUUCAUUGGCGGUGAACAAGCAAUCGAACUUGGACAAGAACUCAAAUUACAAAUGACCGAGACACAGCUAUGGCCUGCCGUACUUGCUAUCACCAAAAAGACACUCAAAACUGAAUUUAUCAAAUUGGGUCGUGGUCCAGCAGACAUGUCGCAUUUGGAAGUGAUUCGACAUCUUUCUACACGACGUAUCGAGAUUGAAUCAGCGGGUUCGACCAAAGUGGAUGAUGCACACAAGAUUAUGGAAAAGCUUAAAUGGCGUGCAAAACGAUGUCGCGAAGGACGUAUGGUCACCACACUCAGCCUAUUACAACCACAACCACCACCUUCACCUUCACCGCCAUCACGUCCAACACAAAACAGCCAUUGGACGAGUCUACCAACUGAAAUUGUGGAGCUCAUGCUUUCAUAUCUUGAUACACCCUUCCUUCUCAAAGCAUCUCGUACUUGCCGUUUAUUCUAUAUCUCAUCAUGUAAUGUCCUCAUUGAACGUCUACGCGAACAUGCUCAACGUGUACAACGUGUGCUCCCAAGAAAGGAUGGCCUCUUUUUACCAAGGAGUACCAUGGAUCGGCUUGUUGUUAAUCCAAAUGCUGUCGGCUUCAGAGAAACGGAGUACUACGUUGGAGAGUUGACUCGACUUUAUGCCGAAGUGGCAGGCGAUACAUCACCACGAAUAAGGCGUACAGCAGGAUGGAAACUUGGAAAACCAUUCCCAGCUACAGUCGUUCGUUGA